AUGACCGGUUUCCGAUCCAACCUGGUGCAGUACCAGGGGCUCUUCCGAAUGAUCCUUGUCCUGGGGAUUGGGGGCACAUUCCAGAUCGGCUUUCAAAUUUCUACCAUCACCUACAUGUCUCAGCAUGUCAAGGCUUUCAUUAAUGAAACCUGGCUGGAACGCUAUGGCUAUCCCAUCCAACAGGACAACCUCUUGUUCCUGUGGUCCCUCACUGUCUCCAUCUUUGGUAUAGGAGGUCUCCUGGGUUCUUCAGGAAGCAGAUACCUCACUGUCAAAUUUGGCAAAAAGAAAUGUCUCUUGUGCAACAACGUGCUCAUGAUAGUGGCAGCAUCUAUCAUGGGCUUCAGUAAAAUAUCCCAGUCCUUUGAGAUGAUUCUAAUUGGACGCUUCAUGUGUGGACUAAGUGCAGGUGUUUGUGUUCCUCUACAUCACCAGUACGUUGGAGAAAUUUCCCCUAAGAAGAUACGUGGAUUUGCAAACUCGACUUCCUCUUUCUUUUGGACAUUGGGAAAAGCCAUAGGACAAAUUUCAGGACAAAGGGAGCUGCUGGGCAGCCAGGCACUGUGGCCCGUGCUGAUGGCCUCCUGUGGGCUCCCAGCACUGGUGCAGCUGCUCACCCUUCCCUUCUUCCCAGAGUCCCCACCAUAUCUCCUCAUGCAUAAAGGAGACCAGGAAGGCUGCAAAAAAGCCAUAAGGCAGCUUUGGGGUGAAGGCCAACACCAAGCAGAAAUUGAUGACAUCAUGAAAGAGAAGGCAGCAAUGAAAAACACCAAGAUCUUGAGUGUCCUGGAACUAGUGAAGGAACCGGCUUUCCGUUGGCAGCUGUACAUGAUCAUUAUUCUGACAGCCACAAUUCAGCUCUGUGGCAUCAAUGCAAUUUAUCUUUAUACUUUUGAAGUCCUUCAGGCAGCUGGCUUUGAUGAAAGAAUGGCCUCCUAUAUGACCCUGUCUAUUGGACUGUCUGAACUCGUGGCUGCUGUGGUCUGUAGCUCCAUCAUUGAGCGGCUGGGCAGGAAAGUGCUCCUAAGAGGAGGCUACUGGAUCAUGGCUUCACUGCUAGCUGCUAUCACUGUGACUCUGACCCUACAGGACUGGUACUACUGGAUGCCAUACUGCAGCCUUGUUCUCAUUGUCCUGUUUUCAAUUGUCUUUGCUGUUGGGCCAGGUGGUGCCACAGUUUCCACCAGGGUUGAAAUUUUCACGCUGUCCUGCAGACCUCCUGCCUUUGUGAUCAGCUCUGUUCUGAACUGGCUGGGAGUGUUUGUGAUCGGCAUCACCUUCCCCUUCAUCGUGGAAAGACUCAAGCACUUCUGCUUCCUCAUCUUUAUGGUGGUACUUUUCACUUCAGGGAUGAUUAUCCACCUAUUCCUUCCAGAAACAAAAGGGAAAUCAAUCAUGGAAAUCACAGAAGAAUUCAAUAAGCUAAACUUUAAAAGCAAGAGUAUUCCAGCAACUUCAAAUCAUGUCAUAGAGGAUUAUACCUUCUGCACCAGGCUUUGA